AUGUCACGUCGUCCAACCCCUUUAGACAACGAACAGUGUAGGCAAUGCCAACCAUUUAAAGAUUAUGUUAAAAAAUCUACCAAGAAUAAGGAAGGCGAACGUGACGAUUCACACAAAUCGAGCGGCGAUACCCCAAGGAGACCUGAUUGUCCUUUAGAUAGAGAGGAAUUGGGUAACAAAUCUUGGGGUUUACUACAUACAAUAGCAGCCAAAUAUCCUGAAAAUCCUCAACCUAAAGAUAAAACAACAAUGCGAGAAUUCUUCACACUGUUCUCGAAAUUAUAUCCCUGUCAACAUUGUGCUGAAGACUUAAAAGAAGAUUUAUUAAAGAACCCUCCACGAACAGAGUCCCAGGAAGCAUUAAGUCAGUGGCUAUGUAGGCUGCACAACAGAGUGAAUGUUAAGAUUGGAAAAGAGGAAUUUGAUUGUUCAAAAGUAAACGAAAGGUGGAGGGAUGGAUGGGCAGAUGGAUCUUGUGAUUAA